GGUCGGGCUGGGCGUCGAGCUGCGAGCGGCGGCUUGCUGAGGCGCUGUGGCGGGGCCGCUGUGUGGGGCGGCGGCGGCGGCCGGACAGGGGCAGCCCAGGCCGGGGGCCGGGAGAGGCAGGGCCCGGAUGGGGGUGACUGUGGCCGGCGGCUGAUUUCCCCACCCCCACCCCUCUCCUCGGGGAGCGAUGUCGAAUCCAGGGACCCGGAGAAACGGCUCCAGCAUCAAAAUCCGGCUCACAGUAUUAUGUGCCAAGAAUCUUGCAAAAAAAGAUUUCUUCAGACUUCCUGAUCCAUUUGCAAAAAUAGUAGUAGACGGAUCAGGUCAGUGCCAUUCAACUGACACUGUGAAGAACACAUUAGACCCCAAGUGGAACCAGCAUUAUGAUCUAUAUGUUGGGAAAACAGAUUCUAUAACCAUCAGUGUAUGGAAUCACAAGAAAAUACACAAGAAACAGGGAGCUGGCUUCCUGGGGUGUGUCCGUCUCCUUUCCAAUGCCAUCAGCAGACUAAAAGAUACUGGAUACCAGCGUUUGGAUCUAUGCAAAUUAAACCCCACAGAUACUGAUGCAGUACGAGGCCAAAUAGUGGUCAGUUUACAGACACGGGACAGAAUAGGCUCAGGAGGUUCUGUGGUAGAUUGUAGAGGGCUGUUGGAAAACGAAGGAACGGUUUAUGAAGAUUCUGGACCUGGAAGGCCACUCAGCUGUUUUAUGGAGGAACCAGCACCAUAUACAGAUAGUACUGGUGCUGCUGGUGGAGGAAAUUGUAGGUUUGUGGAAUCUCCUAGUCAAGAUCAGAGGCUUCAGGCACAGCGACUUCGAAACCCCGAAGUCAGAGGUCAUGUACAAACACCUCAGAAUAGACCACAUGGUCAUCAGUCACCUGACCUACCUGAAGGUUAUGAACAAAGGACAACGGUACAGGGACAGGUUUAUUUUUUGCACACACAGACUGGAGUUAGUACGUGGCAUGACCCCAGGAUACCAAGAGACCUUAACAGUGUGAAUUGCGAUGAACUCGGACCUCUGCCACCGGGUUGGGAAGUGAGAAGUACAGUAUCUGGAAGAAUAUAUUUUGUAGAUCACAAUAACAGAACCACACAGUUCACAGACCCAAGAUUACAUCACAUCAUGAACCAUCAAUGCCAACUAAAAGAACCAAGCCAGCCUUUGCCAGUCCCAAAUGAGGGGUCAUUAGAAGAUGGUGAGGAGUUGCCUGCACAAAGAUAUGAAAGAGACUUAGUACAGAAAUUAAAAGUCCUUAGACAUGAACUCUCACUUCAGCAACCACAAGCUGGUCACUGCCGCAUUGAAGUCUCCAGAGAAGAAAUAUUUGAGGAGUCCUACCGUCAGAUAAUGAAGAUGAGGCCAAAAGACUUGAAAAAGAGGCUGAUGGUGAAAUUUCGAGGAGAAGAAGGCUUGGAUUAUGGUGGAGUGGCAAGAGAGUGGUUGUAUUUACUGUGCCAUGAAAUGUUGAAUCCCUAUUAUGGACUCUUCCAGUACUCUACUGACAAUAUUUACAUGCUGCAAAUCAAUCCAGACUCUUCUAUCAAUCCUGAUCACUUGUCAUAUUUCCAUUUUGUUGGUCGGAUAAUGGGUUUAGCUGUGUUCCAUGGACACUACAUCAAUGGGGGUUUCACAGUUCCCUUCUACAAACAGCUGCUGGGGAAACCCAUUCAGCUAUCUGAUCUGGAAUCUGUUGACCCAGAACUGCACAAGAGUUUAGUUUGGAUUUUAGAGAAUGACAUCACCCCAGUGUUGGACCAUACUUUCUGUGUGGAACACAAUGCUUUUGGGCGCAUUCUGCAGCAUGAGCUCAAACCAAAUGGCAGAAAUGUUCCUGUUACAGAAGAGAACAAGAAAGAAUAUGUCAGGUUGUAUGUAAACUGGCGAUUUAUGAGAGGAAUUGAGGCACAGUUUCUGGCUCUACAAAAAGGCUUUAAUGAACUUAUUCCUCAACACUUACUAAAGCCUUUUGACCAGAAGGAGCUUGAGCUAAUAAUAGGAGGCCUGGAUAAGAUAGACCUGAAUGACUGGAAGUCAAACACGCGUCUAAAGCACUGCAUGGCAGAUAGCAAUAUCGUAAAGUGGUUCUGGCAAGCCGUGGAAACGUUUGAUGAGGAAAGAAGGGCGAGGCUGUUACAGUUUGUGACUGGGUCCACACGUGUCCCUCUUCAAGGUUUCAAGGCUUUGCAAGGUUCUACAGGCGCUGCAGGACCCAGGCUGUUUACCAUCCAUUUGAUAGAUGCAAAUACAGACAACCUUCCAAAAGCCCACACUUGCUUUAACCGGAUUGACAUUCCGCCUUAUGAGUCAUAUGAGAAGCUUUAUGAGAAGCUACUGACAGCUGUGGAAGAGACAUGUGGAUUUGCUGUGGAGUGAAGAGGCAACCAAAGGAAACAGACACUAGCUCAUGGACCACCAGAUCAAAAGCUAGAAGAAGCUUGCUGUGAACUUCCUGCUAAGCUGUCUGAAGCAUUGGAACACUAGACAACUUAGAGAGAUGGGGUUGUUUCCCCUCCUUUGUUGGUGGGGGGAGGGGGCUUUUGGUGGUGGUUCCCAGCCAUUUUCUCCCCUUUGUUACAAUAAUCCCCACCCUCUUCUUCCAUCCCCAUAAAAUGAAAUGCAGCCAAGUUCAGCAUUUGGCUUUGAUUACACCAGAUAUUCUGCUAGACUUGUAACACAUAUUGUGAUAGGGUCAAUGACCUGUGGUCUUUUUAUAGGAGUAUCAAUCUGUAGUUGAGUAUCUGAGCUUGGUUUGCUGAGGACUUGCAACUGGUAGGAGUACCUGGCUAUUUUGUCUUAAAGCAAGUUUGAGCCUCUUGUAGAGUCCAGCAGCUAUUGACUAUCUGACUGGCACUGGAAUUCAGAAUUGCACGUUUUAAACACCUGUUAAACAAAUUUCUAGCAGAAAAUAAAACUCCAUAUGCACGUGUAACGGAAGUUCUGCCUUAGCAGGAAGCUCUCAGUGAAAGUAGUGGCUCACGUCUAGAAAAAUGAAGGAAUCCAGGGCAGCUUAAUUGGUGUAUAUUAUUUCUUUUUGGAUGUCCUGGUUGAAAUUUAAUUGUUUUGCACAUGGGAAAAAUAUUUUUCCUGCAGAUUCACUUACCAUAGUCUGUCCAAAUUUAAGUACUUUGCAAAGAAGCUUGGUAAAGAGAAAGCAAACAGACAAAAUUUUCAAAUCAGAUAAAUCCAAAAAGCUGUGAUUUCUGUGCCACUGUUUUAUCUGAGAGACACUUGUGAGUUGAAAUUCUAAAAGAUUUUAUGAGGAAAUUGCUAAAAGCUAAGCUAAUGGAACAAAGUUCUGUUCUUAAGUCAUAGGCCUUGUGAAAGGUGUAUUUGAGGGGAAGGUAAAAGGAUAACUAUAUAGUGAAUAAAGUCUAAACUUUACGUAAAGCUAUUGGAAGGUUUUAUCUUUUAAGUUCUAUAGAAAUGGAAAUUACUCCAGAGUGCCACAUAUGGCAUUUUUUUCAACUGUCUGAAACUAAUGUUAAAGGUUGGUACUCUAACUCAUUUGCUAAAAUGGAUUCCCAGUGCAAGGGGAAACAAAAGCAAAUCAAGUACCUGGGUCAAAUAACAUUUCUUCCAAUUUGCACACCAAGAUAAGACAGUAUUUUAACAAAAUAACAUGACUUCAUAAAGAGCAAGUUAGCCAUCAAACAUGUCUAAACAUAAGUAAAGCAGACUUGCUUUGUAUAGGAUUUUCUUUGGCAAGCCUGAUUUUUAGAGAGAUUCAUUACUGAAACAUUUAACAGAUGUUAUGUUUAUGGAAUAGUGCAUUGGAAUUCAGCUGUGGGUCAGAGAUUGUUCUUAGAAAAUGUCUACUGGAAUAUUUCUAUUUUGUCUUUUUUAAUUGAAUUUGAUAAUAGCUUUAAACUGUGAUAGGACAAAAAGUUAUAUACUUGUCAAAAUCCUGGAAUCUUCCCCCUUUGUUUUAUUUUCCAUUGACCAUAAUUCUUGUGAUUUGAUGUUGGGACUGUCAGAAUUGCAUUCCAAGUAUGAAAUUGUAUAAUUUUGUGAGAUUUGCACAGUUUGGCUAUAGAAGCUCACAUGGCAGGAUUUUGUAAGAAACAUGUUCAGACAGUUGUACGUAGGGUCUUUAGAAUCUAGUGGCACUUAAGGACUAGUUUCUGCAUUAUGGGUUAUUGGGCAUAGAAGGAGAAAUUGUGUGACAUUUGCAGUAGAGGGAAAAAUGCAACUUUCUGCAGCCGCACGUCUGUGCAGUCUUGCAUUGGGUAACAUAAUUCCACUAGCCCUGGCUUGUUGAAAAUGGCUAUGAAAUCAGUCACUGCCAAUGGAAUGUAUUUAACCUUUCAGUGCAUUUGUAUGUGCAAUAUACCAUAGGCAGAUAGGAAAAAUCCAAAAUAGAUUGUUGCCCAAAAAUAUUGUAUGCAGUCUCAUGUUGUGGUUUUUUCACCGAAAGGGCUAACAAUAAAUAAAUAAAAUCCACCACCUUCACACAAAGCACAGCUGGCUCUCUAAAACCAAACAAGGUGAGGAUGGAGGGCUCUCAGUCCAGAGAACUGCAAGUCAGCAAGCAAGUUAGCAUGUGAUAGUACAUCUCUCUUAGAUCAACACUUCGUUGGUUGCACAAAAUAGGCAAGGAUUUCUGUUUUGUCAAGUCUGUUUUUGUAUACUGAAAAGCCUUGCGAAUGUCCCUCUUCCAUGCUGGCAGCAGUGGGGAGAGGGAACUGUCCUCUAAAUUACUUUAUAUCCUUCUGUAUGUUAAUGUGUGAGGCAGGCCUUAAAACUGUCUGGAUGGAGAAAAUAAGAUAGGCAAGUGUGGAUUUAAAACAAUGCUUGGGUCUGCCUAAGACUCACUAUUCUGGUUUCACAUCUGGGUUCAUGGCCAGGACAUUGUGAGAGACAAGCAGAAAGUUGAGAGGGGAUGUACACUUAGUCGUUGAUUGACUGAGGUUUUUACUGAGUCUGUUCUUGUCACCUCUGACACCCAGAAUUUUAAAGCAUGUUCUUUCCCUUGUGGUCUGCCAGCAUGAAGAAGACGGAACAUGUUCUCUACAACAACUUCCAGUAUUUGAACUGGUUGGUUGUUUACAGACUUGCCCAAAGAAUAACACAGAAAAGUUUACCGUUCACAUUUCACCAUCACCCAUCUGCCUUGUACACAAAUACAUUUUGGAGCAGACCUGAGGAAAGUGCAAGUUACAUCUUCUGAAUUCUUUCUUGUACCUAUUCCAAAAGCAAAUUUAGAAACUGCUCCAGUGGUACAGAUGUUCAGUACUUGCCCUGAUAUUGCUUAUCAGCCGAUCCUAUACGCUCAGGGAUGUAGGAGACCACCACUCUGCUUGUGUUUUAAAUCGGGAAGAAGUGAGACUGCGUUAUGAAUGUUAGAGUUAACUUGGGCAUUAUGUUUGACAGAGCCCUGCUUUAAAAGGCUGCUUGUUGGUUGAGAUGGUGAAAUCAAAGCUUACUCAGCUGUACAUGUUUAGUUCAAGUCAAGGAAGGUGGUUUUGAAAUCUAGCAGAUUUCGUACAAGUAAAGACCCCGCCACCGCACACUCUGUACCCAGUGCCCAGGGUCAGUGCUGUGUAGCACAGCAGGCUCCCAGAAACACAGCAUAUGUGAUUCUGUUUUUAAUUUGUUAAUUUUUGUUCCUUGACCACUUUAUAAUGUAUUUUUAAUUUAUUAUUUUGUAAUGUCUUGUUUAAGUAUUGCUGCUAUCCUUGUUAUUCUUCCCACUGUUUUUAUUGCAGAUUUAUUUUGUGAAAGUUGUACACUAAAGUUUCAUUUUAUGUCUAAAUCAAAGUAUUUAAAGAAAUACUACUUCUAUUUAAUGUGGUUAUGGAACCAGCUGGAAUAAACAGUGAUUGUAUAGUAGGCUGGACCCAGGAGGUCAUGUUCAUUUUUGUUACAUAUGCAAUAAACUCACAACUUUAAA